CUUCAUUUAUUACUUCCCACUUCCAGCCUCUGCUUCUGCUUCCUUUUCCUCUGCAGCAGAAGCAGAAAAGCAAAAUUCCCAACGCACACUUUUGUUUUAUUUUUUUCAUCACUUCAAAAUUUCGUUUCAUUUUGCGUCAAUCCAAAGCAACAUAAUAUUCUGUUUCUCUUUAAAUUUUUUUUUCCAGAACAAACAGAUCGGAAAAAAAAAAUGGAGAGGAUUUCCUCAGCGACUCUUUUCCCAGAAGCAUUGCAAGGACCGAGCGACGACAUGUCGUUCCAAGUAAUCUCAUUGCCUUGGGAAGCAAUCAGAGCUCCAGUUGUCGUUCCCCUGCUCCGACUGUCGGUUUUCCUUUGCCUUAUAAUGUCGUUAAUGCUGUUCCUGGAAAGAGUUUAUAUGGGAAUCGUCAUUGUUUUGGUCAAACUCUUUAGAAGAAAACCAGAGAAGCGUUACAAAUGGGAGCCCAUGAAAGACGAUAUCGAGCUUGGCAACUCUGUUUAUCCUAUGGUUUUAAUUCAAAUCCCAAUGUACAACGAAAAAGAGGUGUAUCAGCUUUCAAUUGGGGCUGCAUGUGGCCUUUCAUGGCCGUCGGAUCGAAUCAUUAUUCAAGUUCUUGACGAUUCUACAGACCCAAUAAUUAAGGAUUUAGUGGAAAUGGAAUGCCAAAGAUGGGCUAGCAAAGGAAUAAACAUAAAGUACGAAAUAAGAGACAACAGAAAUGGUUACAAGGCUGGGGCUCUCAAAGAAGGUCUGAAAAGAAGCUAUGUGAAGCAAUGUGAUUUCGUUGCCAUUUUCGAUGCUGAUUUUCAACCUGAACCGGAUUUUCUUUGGCGAACCGUUCCUUUUCUUCUUCAUAACCCCAAAAUUGCCCUUGUUCAAGCUCGCUGGAAAUUUGUGAACGCAAAUGAGUGCUUUUUAACAAGGAUGCAAGAAAUGUCAUUGGAUUAUCAUUUCACCGUGGAGCAAGAAGUGGGUUCCUCCACUUACGCCUUCUUUGGCUUCAAUGGGACGGCGGGUGUUUGGAGAAUUGCGGCACUGAAUGAGGCUGGUGGAUGGAAAGAUCGCACCACUGUGGAAGACAUGGACUUGGCCGUGCGUGCCAGUCUCAAAGGCUGGAAAUUCCUGUAUCUUGGUGACCUUAAGGUGAAAAAUGAACUGCCCAGCUCAUUGAAAGCCUACCGUUACCAACAGCACAGAUGGUCAUGCGGCCCCGCCAAUUUGUUAAGAAAGAUGAUUAUGGAGAUUAUCACGAACAAGAAAGUAACAGCAUGGAAGAAGGUACAUGUGAUAUACAGUUUCUUCUUCGUAAGAAAAGUGGUAGCCCACAUAAACACCUUCGUAUUUUACUGCGUUGUAUUACCGGCCACAGUGUUGGUACCGGAAGUUGAGGUUCCCAAGUGGGGAUCUGUAUAUAUUCCUUCUAUCAUUACCCUUCUCAAUGCCGUUGGCACUCCGAGGUCAUUACAUUUAUUGGUGUAUUGGAUUCUUUUUGAGAACGUAAUGGCAAUGCACAGAACCAAGGGUACAAUCAUUGGGUUGUUGGAGGCAAGCAGAGUAAAUGAAUGGAUUGUGACUGAGAAAUUAGGCGACGCCUCCAAGCCUAAACCUGUUCCUAAAACCCCUAAAAAGCCUCGCUUUUGGGUUGGAGAAAGGGUUCUGAUGUGGGAGCUUGGAGUGGGUGCUUAUUUGUUCUUAUGUGGAAUUUACGAUAUUUUCUUUGGCAAAAACCAAUAUUUCAUUUUCCUCUUCCUUCAAGCCAUAGCCUUCUGCAUCGUCGGACUUGGAUUCGUUGGCACCGAUGUUUCUUCUUUCUGAUCGGAAUCCGCCGCCAACACCACCACCACUAUUGCCUACAUAACUUCUUCUCUAUACCCAUAACUUUCUUUUCCCUUAUUUUACUGCCAUGCUUCUCUCUAUAUUUAUUCUUCGAAAUUUAAUUUUCAUUAGAUUUUAUAUUAUGUAUCAUGUGUUUUUUUUUUCUCCAUCCAAAUUCAUUCCUCUGCAAUAUAAAUUAGUUUGUAAAGAGAGAAAAAAGAAAAGGGCAGAAAAAUAUAGCCUUUCUUUUAGUUUUUUUAUUUUUUGACAUGGAAAAACUCAAAAAUAGAUAAGUUGAGGAAGUCUAUGUGAAUAUAUUUGGGAGUUCUCAACAAUUUACAACCAUCCUCUCUGCUAGUGCAGAUUUUUUUUUUUAAAAAAAAUUAAUAUGUGAAGUGUAAGAAUGGAACUUGCUCACAUUGACCUUAUGGUCUCUGUUUAGCAUCUUCUUUGUAAUUUUGUUAUUAUUUUUUUUACUCUCCAUUGGUUAUGUACUUUCUUAUGUUUUACAAAUAUAAAUAAACAGUUGGAAAAUAAGAUUGUGAGAUA